AUGUGUGACGACGAUGUAGCAGCACUUGUUAUUGAUAAUGGUAGUGGUAUGUGUAAAGCUGGAUUUGCUGGUGAUGAUGCUCCACGUGCUGUAUUUCCAUCAAUUGUUGGUCGACCACGU